AUGAAGCUCGUUUUGGCGUUGCUUUUGCCGGCUGUGUUGGCUCAACAAUGCACAAUUGGUCAGGGUUCCACUCAAUCGUGCGCAAAUCAUAUUGCCGUCAUCGUCGACAGUACAUCCUACAUGCAGACAGCUGCUCGAAGUCAACAAUUGGCCAUGUUUAUCAAUACCUAUUUGUCGCAAUUCGAUUUCUCAUCGCAGUCAACGAUGGUCACAAUGGGUUUCUAUGGAAUGUCGGAUCCAUCAGUCUCUUGGUCUCCCGUUUUUCUCUUUUUCGGUCAAUCGGAUCCGACGAUGAUUUGCGAUGAUUGGCAAACAUUAAUCUCCGAGCAAAACAUGAACAAUAUGGGAGUGUUACCCAUUGCCACCGCGCUCGUCUCUCUGUACAAUACGACGGAAAUGAACGACUGGAACUACGAUCAAAUCGUUUGGUUCACCGCGUCGAAUGAUCAACAAGAUAUCCAAUUAUCCGGCUCACUACUAUCCAAUUUCCCGAAUGUCAACUUGACUGUCGUCUCGAUGGGCGGCGGGGAUUUCUCGUCGUGGACCGGGGCUCGCGUCCUCUGCACUCCAUUCCCGUUCUCCAACGGCUACGAGGCCACCAUUCAACGGCAAGCAUGCCGAACGGCGGCUGGAAGCAAUACUUGCAACGGUGCCAUCACCACCCCGAUGCCGACCACCGUCCGCCCAACCGGUGCCCCAACCACGCCAGUCCCAGUCAACUAUUGCCCGUGCACACCAAGCAAGAUUUGGAACGAUAUCAUCAUCGUCUAUGACGGCUCAAAUGUGCUCCCGCAAGCUCGCUUCCAAACGAUGAUCACCAUGUUGCAAUCGAUGAUCGCUUCACUCCCUAUUUCGCAACAAAUCGGACAGUACACCCGUUUGGGAGUGAUUUCGUACGCCUCCAAAGUGACUCAAAUCGCGAAUUUAACGAAAUACGGUAGCUUUAUUGAUGCAAUUAGUGACAAUUGGUCACGGGACAAUGUCGAGGCGACGAAUGUCAAAGGUGGAAUCGAUCUUGCUCGUGAUUGGUUCGACAGCACGAAACAACACCGACCGAACGUGCGCAAAGUGAUCAUCCUUGCCGCGAGCACAUAUCGCGAGGGUUUCGACACUCCGAUCACCACUGCGAACACUUUCAAGGACAACGGCGGAGUGAUUAUGGUGAUCGGCUACGGUGAUCUAAAGGGUGAAUCCUCGGAUGUCCUUAAACAGAUCGCUUCUCCCGGCUACUUCGUCGAUGCAACCAAUCAACAACCGAAUUUCACCUCGAUUUUGAACCUUCUUUGUCUAUCGAACUGUUUCUGUCCCGAUCCCUACAAAGCCGUCUCCUCCGCGCCAACCGGCGAGCCAGCCGAGGGGUGCUAUUUCCUCUCCGAUUUGCAAGGUUUACAAAUUUUGGCCGCCCGCUUCUGCUCAAUCGAAAACAAUGGAACGUUGGCAGUGACAUUGGAUCAAACACAGAAAAUUUUCGCCGUCUCCAAAGUUCGCACCGCUGUCCCGGUCUGGGUUGGUCUGACCUUCGAUCCGGUCCUUCAAGCAUGGACAUGGGCUGACGGGACACCAUUUACGGAUCAAAUCGAGAGUGGCACCGGUGCGUGCGCGACGAUUCGGCGCACAAACGGCUUCAACACCGCCUUCACGCAACGGGAAUGCGCCGGUGACGCGUACGACUACGCCUGCCAAGCCACUCCCUGCUCGACAGCCACCUAUUGCCCA